UGGGACGAACCCCGGCUCCUCUCAAACCCGGAAUGUGAAGCCUUGGCUCGGUUGUCUGCUGCUCCCUGGCCCGCUCUCUGCCCGGGCCUGCGCCUGCUGCCGUUGUUCCCCAGCCCGUCCCCGGAGGAGCCAGGGCGCUGUGCCCUUCGGUCGUGUGCCCGCGUGGCUGCCGCCGCCCCUCCGAAUCCUCCGGGGCCGCAGAGGAGUUCGCUACGGAGGGAGGCGGGGGCCUUCGGGAGGAGGAGGCGGAGGAGGCGGAGGAGGAGGGAAGGAAGAUGGCGGCCGUGGAACUAGAGUGGAUCCCAGAGACUCUCUAUAACACCGCCAUCUCCGCUGUCGUGGACAACUACAUCCGCUCCCGCCGAGACAUCCGCUCCUUGCCCGAGAAUAUCCAGUUCGAUGUUUACUACAAGCUUUACCAACAGGGACGCUUAUGUCAACUGGGCAGUGAAUUUUGCGAAUUGGAAGUUUUUGCUAAAGUAUUGAGAGCUUUGGAUAAAAGACAUUUGCUUCAUCAUUGUUUUCAGGCCUUGAUGGAUCAUGGUGUUAAAGUUGCUUCAGUCUUAGCCUACUCAUUCAGUAGGCGGUGCUCUUAUAUAGCAGAAUCAGAUGCUGCAGUGAAGGAAAAAGCCAUUCAGGUUGGCUUUGUUUUAGGUGGCUUUCUUUCAGAUGCAGGCUGGUAUAGUGAUGCUGAGAAAGUGUUUCUGUCCUGCCUUCAGUUGUGUACUCUACAUGAUGAGAUGCUUCAUUGGUUUCGUGCAGUAGAAUGUUGUGUGAGGUUGCUUCAUGUGCGCAACGGGAACUGCAAAUAUCAUUUGGGUGAAGAAACAUUUAAGUUAGCUCAGACAUAUAUGGAUAAACUGUCAAAACAUGGCCAACAAGCAAACAAAGCUGCACUCUAUGGAGAACUGUGUGCACUCCUAUUUGCGAAGAGUCACUAUGAUGAAGCAUACAAAUGGUGCAUUGAGGCAAUGAAAGAAAUCACAGCAGGCUUACCUGUCAAAGUUGUGGUGGAUGUUUUAAGACAAGCUUCUAAGGCUUGUGUAGUAAAACGUGAAUUUAAGAAGGCAGAACAAUUAAUUAAACAUGCAGUGUAUUUGGCACGGGAUCAUUUUGGAUCCAAACACCCAAAAUACUCUGAUACAUUGCUAGAUUAUGGUUUCUACUUACUCAAUGUAGAUAAUAUCUGUCAGUCUGUUGCAAUUUAUCAGGCAGCCCUUGACAUUCGACAGUCAGUGUUUGGUGGCAAAAAUAUCCAUGUAGCAACAGCUCAUGAAGACUUGGCCUAUUCUUCUUAUGUUCACCAAUAUAGCUCUGGAAAAUUUGACAAUGCACUAUUUCAUGCAGAAAGAGCUAUUGGUAUCAUUACCCACAUCCUACCUGAAGAUCAUCUUCUUUUGGCUUCUUCAAAGAGGGUGAAAGCACUUAUUUUAGAGGAGAUUGCAAUUGACUGUCAUAAUAAGGAAACUGAACAGAGACUGCUUCAAGAAGCUCAUGAUUUGCACCUGUCCUCACUCCAACUAGCUAAAAAGGCUUUUGGGGAAUUUAAUGUACAGACUGCAAAACACUAUGGGAACCUUGGAAGACUGUAUCAGUCAAUGAGAAAAUUUAAGGAAGCUGAAGAAAUGCACAUCAAAGCAAUUCAGAUUAAAGAACAACUUCUUGGUCAAGAAGAUUAUGAAGUAGCCCUUUCAGUCGGACAUCUGGCUUCUUUAUAUAAUUAUGACAUGAAUCAGUAUGAAAAUGCCGAGAAACUUUAUUUGCGAUCUAUAGCAAUUGGGAAGAAACUUUUUGGUGAAGGCUACAGUGGACUAGAAUAUGAUUACCGAGGUCUCAUUAAACUUUACAACUCCAUUGGAAAUUAUGAGAAAGUGUUCGAAUAUCACAAUGUUCUGUCUAACUGGAACCGGUUGCGGGAUCGGCAGUAUUCAGUGACCGAUGCUCUUGAAGACGUCAACACCAGCCCCCAGUCCACAGAAGAAGUGGUGCAGUCCUUCCUGAUUUCUCAGAACGCUGAGGGACCGAGCUGCUGAGGGAGUACCUCAGUUAACCAAUUACCUUUUCCCAGAUUCCAGGGAAUUCAUACUGUGAAAUCAAAACCAUGUUGUUUUUAGGGGCUGGAAUUUGCAUUGAAACACUGGUCCAGUCCAUUGAAGACCCUAUUUUGGGUGAUCCCUAUCUUGCAGAGUGUCUGUAGGAAUAAGCAUAUAUUCAGUUAUAUUCAGCAUGUACCGCAUGUGUAAGUAGUCUGGCCCACAGUUUUCAACAUAGUAGAACAAACAGGAAAUCCUUUUUUGUUUUUCUUUUUAAAAAAUAAUUCAUUUUGCAGAAAGCCUGAAAGAAAAAAAGAACCCUAAAUAAAACUAUUUAAGAGUUUAAAAGAGUUGCAUUCUUAUUAUGUAAGGAUGAUUUUAACAACUUUUUAACGUAUAAUUCUUCCAUGUGGAGGUAUUCAAUACUGUAUUGUAAAGAAAUUUUAUGGGGGAAAUCUUUAUAUGCAGUAUAGAAAAGUGAACACAAAUACUAAUAACAGAGAGACAUCCCAACUUAGUUUGGCUACCUUACCCAGAGCAGUGGAUAUAACCACUCCAGAGCUAUAUUACAAGGGAUAGACUGUCCAAUUAUCUGAACUGGACCAGUGUUGAUCUGUAAGUAAUAGAAAAGCUGAAAGACCAACAGUCUUUCUUUUUUUUCCCCUUCCUUUCUUUUUCUUUCUUUUCUUUUUCGUGGUACAACAGUGCAAGAUGCUCUGAUAGCGUUUGCUAACAGGACCAGGAGGAUCUACAAAGGACCAGCCCAAUGUAGAAGGUGGUUAUUUGGACCAGAGGCUUCAGAUGAUUAUUUUAGCCCCUGCAUAUACUUUUAUCAGUAGAAUGAUUUUAUUUAGAUGUACAAUGAAAAGUGAUAAUGCAAAAUUUAUAUUCAUGCAAUAGAUACCAAACUAGGGAAAUUUGGCCGUUUCAAUUGCAUAUCUUUAGUCGAGGUACACAGAUGGCAAUGCUGUAAGCAAGGCUACAAAUAUCUGCUGCAGCUCCCCUCCCCCAUUUUAACCGUUACCCUUCUAAUCAACGCAGCUAAUAUGUACGUUGGCUAUGAGUCAUGUCCAGAUGAGAAAGUUAGGUUACUGUACAAUUUCUGAAGAUUCAUGGAAAGCAGAUACCCAAAAAUAAGUCUUAGAAAGAUCCUUCAUUUUUAUGGUAAAUAAUAGUACAAUUAGUCAUUUUAUUUGAAAUCCAGGCGUCAAACAGGUCUCGUAAUGAUUUAUCUAUUUCACUAACUUGUCUUUCUUUUUAUUGGAUUUUUAUUUUAUUCUCUCCCCCUUUUUCUUUCCUUUAAGCCAGUGGGUUUAUUUAAUAUUGAGGUAAUAUUCACAUUUAAGAAGUUGUAACAUGUUAGCAACUCAAGAAACAAAAAGGUAUUUUGCUUUUACCUCAAUUCUUAUUAUAGUGGCCCAUCUGGUGCCUCUAUAAUUACAAAUCUGGGCUUCCCCCCUAUUUUCAGGGGUUCAUGACUUGGCUGUGGAAGAUGCUGCUCCUGGCUGAUGCUGGGAGUAGCCUUGGUGAGUGGAUGUGUGUUGAAUUGUGAUUUUCUUUUAACACGUGCAUUGAGUGGUAAGGGAGACCAUCUAACUGCCACAUUGAGUCCAGAAAAAAUUAAUUAGGAGAUUUUUAAAUACUUUUUUGAACUUCCCGACUACAACCUUGUUUGAAACUGUUACUUGCAGGCUUCUUAGUUGUGAGCCAGUGUGUUUUAAGUCCCCAGGAGGGAUUGACUGGGGGAUGCAGUUAAAAAGCUGAAGCCAGCCCACACCCUGAGCUCAUAAAUAUGUGAUGUAGAAACCUGGUUUAAUCCUCAAAUUGAAUUGUUUUCUUUUUAAAUUUUGGAAAGAGGACAUUGGCACACCUGCAAUUUAUGAAGCUGGUCCCCUCUCACUUAAUUGUAAUGUAAUGCCAAGAGGCGCCUCUUCCUUAAUUACCAGAUAGUCUGUGUGACCGAGGACUAACGCGAAGUUUGAGUUGAGCUCCAUCCUCAUCGGCCUGCAUAUCUAAUACCUCCAAAGAGAUUUCAGGAUAGGCUUUGUGUACUUUUACUAGUUACUUAGAGUCCUGUGGUAUGUUUGUGGUAUAGGAAUGUCAUGGUAAACUGUUUUUCAAUAAAUAUUUUGAAACUUA